AUGAGUGAACGAUGUAAUAUGUUGGAGAGAAACAGAUUGAUGAGCAGCCUGAACAGUAAGUUGUGGACUCUGCAAAAUGACAUACAAAGUCUACAUGAAAUGUGCAGGCAACAAGGAAGGACCUUGGAAGUAGAGGAGCUCUCCAUUCAUGAGAUGGAAAGCAGCAUCAGCCUGUGCAAGCAGCAGCUGCAAGCAGAGUUUGGGUGCUGUAACCAGGCCCGUCAGAUACAGCUCCAUCAGCUAAGGGAAAAGUUGCUGGCUCUUCAGCAGGAACUGGAGAUUCGCACAGAAGAAUUACAAUCUUCUUAUUGUUCGCUCUUACAAUAUCAGUCCAUCCUGGAUAAGCAGACCUGUGACCUAGAAAUACUUCACCAGCACUGCCAGCUGAAGGAGGAUGAGGUCACAAUCUAUGAGGAAGCAAUGGAGCAGAAUAAGGAAGACAACAUAAGGCUUCAGGAGAAGCUCCAAAUAUCUCAGGAACAACUUGCCUUGGCUAAAGAUAGGAUCAUCUCCCUGGAAAGCAGUUUAAACCUUUACAAGGAUAAGUAUCAGGCAGCUGUGAAUAGCCUCGAAAUACUGGAAUGUCAGAUGAAGGCCUUAGAGGGAGAUGUCAAAACCACGUCCAUUCAGGAGGAUGAUAGAAAGGGGAAUCAGUCAAAGGAAAGAAGGACAGAAUGUUUACUCUAUGAGCUGAAGGAGACCCAGAAGCGCCUGCAUGACGCUUUGCAAAAUGGCUCUGAACAGGAUGACGUCCUUCAGGAGCUGCGCCAUAAGCUCGUUUGCAGCAAUCUUAAAAUUUUGGAUCAUGAAGAGACUCUGAUAAAAUUAGAAGUGGACUUUGCUACCUACAGAAUGUCCCACAGACAACUUUUCUGCCCUCCCGAUGAGUCAGAGGAUAUCAAACAGAUCUUGGCACAUAUUGAGGAGCAGUGUGAGUACCAAUGCAUCCGGGUAGAAGAGUACCAGUACCUCCUGAAGGACAUGAAGAGGGAGCUAGAAAGAGUAUCAGAACAGAAGAAGAAGAUCAUGAAGGACCUCCUGAAGCUGGAGUUAGACAUGCACAACCUACUGCAAGAGACAACCACCCAAACAGAGUGGAAGGAUGGAGAAGUGAAGGACCUGAAGGAACACAUGAAGAAUCUGGAGGACCAACUGAAAGAGUGCCGGAAUCUCUGUUUGGAGAAAGAAAAGGUCAUUCAGGAGAAAGAUGAAGCCCUGUCCCAAACUAAUAAGGAAAUAAUUCAGGUACAAAAUGCCCUUGAAGCAAAGCACUCAGAUAUGGAGAAGCAAAAAGCCAGAGUGGAAGAGGCAGAGCAUGCCCUCCAGAAGGUGAAGGAGAAGGAGGAAAAAAGUGAGAGCCAGAAUGCUGCUCUGGACGCUAAGGUCCAGCAGCUGCAGCAAAACCUGAAUGAGGCCCAGCAAGGACAGCUGCUAAUGGCUCAGCAGCUGAAAUAUGCUGAUAAACAGACAUCUACACUAAAGGAUAACCUAGACCAUACCCAGCAGAAGCUGGAAGAUAAGAUAGCUGAGAACAUGGAAAAGAAGGAGCUUAUCGACAAGCUAUCCAGUGAGCUCAAAGCAUAUAAGGAAGAUAAAUCCACACUAGUGAAUCUACUGGAAACAGAAAGAAGGAAAACUGAAAUGCUGACAUCAGAGCUUGAAGUGUCCAACAGAAAACACCAGGAUGCAGAAAAGGAGAUCACAGAACUUCAGGAAUCAUUGGAUGAUAUGAAACCAUGGCUGAGUAAAAGCCAGGAGAAGAUGAAGGAACUUAAAGACCAGCUUGAGGAGCAACGUCACAUUAAUCAGAGUCUACACAAAAAACUGAAACAGCUAGAGAGUGAGCGAGAGGACGACCUGGACUUGAGGCUAAAGUGGAAGAACCGAGAAAAGGAGCUUAAAGAUGAGAUUGCAGCACUUAGGAAGGAAAUCCACGACAAUAAGAAACUGGAGCUGAAGAGAUUGAGCGCCCUUGAGGAUGAGAACAAGAGUCUUUGGGCUCAGCAGAAACGUCCUUCAUGGCAGAGCAGAACUGAGAGCAAGAUCGAGGAGGUUGUGAUGUUGCAUCUCGCUGAUGAAUAUGCGGACAGAUGGAAAGAGCACGGGGAUGAGAAAGAGAAUCUCCGGGAAAAGAGGCCAUCUUAUCCAUUGCACAUGGAGUCAUCCAGAAGAAAGCUCAGCAUUACUGAGAACAUCUAUCAGCAGUCAGAGCAGGAAGAGAGAUGGAGUGAGCCUGAGGAUGAGAAACAGAGUCUCAACAGUAUAAAGGACUUUUCUCUAUUGGACUGGGACUCACCUAAAAGAAAGCCCAGUGUUGCUGAGAAGCUCCAAGAGCAGGCAGAAAAGGAGGACAGAUCUAAUGAGUCAGAGGAUGAACCCCAGCGAAGCCGGGAUAAGACAAAAUAUUACACAUCAAAACAGGACUCACCUACCAGAAAGCUCAGUACUGUAGAGAAGAAAAUACGACAGCAGGGAGAAAAGGAGGACAGAUUGCAUGAGUCAGAGGAUAAGCACCAGCGAAGCCAGGAUAGGAUGCGCCAGGACUCAUCCACCAGAAAGUUCAGGGCUGCUGAGAAGAAGAGGCAGCAGCAAGGAGAAAAGGAGGAGGAUGAGCCAGAGGAUGGGAACCAGAAACACAAGGAUAAGAUGCAAUAUUCUCCAUCAAAAUGGGACUCAUCUUCAAGGAAGUUCAGUACUGCCAAGAAGAUCCAACCACAGGCAGAAAAAGAGGACAGACUGAAUGAACCCAAGGAGGAUGAAGAGAGUCUCCAGGAUGACACACAAUCUUAUCAAUCUCGACGAGAUUCAUCUACAAGCAAGCUCAGUACUGCAGAGAGGAAGAUGAAGCAAGAGGAAGAAAAGGUGAGCAGAGCCAAGAGCACCAUAGUGGUGGAGAAGGGGGACAGCUCUGGACAGUCCUUCUCCAAACUAGCCACCCACCCUUUGUCACAGAAUUAUCACUCCCUGGAGGACAGACUGAAUGAACCCAAGGAGGAUAAAGAGAGUCUCCAGGAUGAUACACAAUCUUAUCAAUCUCGACGAGACUCGUCUACAAGGAAGCUCAGUACUGCAGAGAGGAAGAUUAAACAAGAGGAAGAAAAGGAGGAGGACAGAUUGGAUGAGUCUGAGGAUGAAAGCCAGAGUCUCCAGGAUGAUACCGAAUCAUAUUCAUCACAAGAGGACUCACCUAAAAAGAAGCUCAGUGCCACUGACAAGAUCCAGCAGCAGGCAGAAGAGUGGGAGGACAGAGUGAGUGAGUCUGAGGAUGAGGAUGAGAACCAGAGGCUACAGGAUUCAUCUAAAAGGAAGCUCAGUGCUGCUAAGACGAUCAAACAACAUGUGGAAAAGGAGGACAAGUUGAAUGAGCCUGAGGAUGAGAACCACAGUCUCCAGAAUAAGACUGAAUCUCAUCCAUUACAACAGGACUCAACAAAAAGGAAGGCCAGUGCUGCUGACAAGAAGAUGCAACAACAGACAGAAAAGCAGAAGGAAAGAUUGAAUGAGCUCGAGGAUGAGAACCAGAGCCUCAGGGAUAAGAUGCAGCGUUAUUCACUUCAACUGGACUCAGCUACAACCAAGCUCAGUGCUGCCGAGAAGAUGCAAGAGCAGGCAGAAAAGGAGAAGGGCAGAUUGAAUGAGCUCGAGAAUGAGAACCAGAGUCUCCGAGAUAAGAUGCAACGUUAUUCUUUGCAACUUGAUUCAGCUACAAGCAAGAUCAGUGUUGCUGAGAAGAUCCAAGAGCAGGCAGAAAAGAAGAAUGACAGAUUGAAUGAGCUCGAGAAUGAGAACCAGAGUCUCCGGGAUAAGAUGCAAUAUUAUUCACUGCAACUUGAGUCAGCUACAAGAAAGCUCAGUGCUGCAGAGAAGAAGAUGCAAGAUCAAGCCGAAAAGGAGAAAGACAGAUACGAUGAGCUCAAGAAAGAGAAUCAGAAUCUCCAAGAGAAGGUGCAAUAUUAUACACUGCAACUGAACUCAGCUACAUUGAAGAUCGGUAGUGCUGAGAAGAUCCAGCAGCAAGCAGAACAAGAGAAAACCAGAUUGAAUGAGCUUGAGGAUGAGAACAAGAGUCUCCGGGAUAAAAUGCAAUAUUAUUCAUCACAACUGGACUCAGCUACAAGAAAACUCAGUGCUGCUGAGAAGCAGAUCCAAGAGCAAGCAGAAAAGCUGAAGGACAGAUGGAAUGAGCUCGAGAAUGAGAACAAGAAUCUCCGGGAUAAGAUGCAAUAUUAUGCAGCGCAACUGGAAUCAGCCACAAGAAAGCUCAGUGCCGCUGAAAAGAACAUCCAAGAACAGGCAGAAAAGGAGAAGGACAACCGGAAUCUCCAGGAGAAGAUGGAGUACUAUCCAUCGAGACAGAACUCACCUACAAGAAAGCUCAGUGCUGCUGAGAAGAUCCAACAGCAGGCAGAAAAGGAGGACAGAUCCUAUGAACCUGAGGAUGAAAACCAGAGUCUCCAGGAAAAGAGGCAGUAUUAUCCAUCGAGAAAAGACUCACCUACAAGAAGACACAGUGCUGCUGAGAAGAUCCGACAACAAGCAGAAAAGGAGGAGGACAGAUCCUAUGAGCCUGAGGAUGACAACCAGAGUCUCAGGGAUAAGAUGGAAUAUUAUCCAUUACAGCGGGACUCACCUACAAGAAGAUCCAGUUCAGCUGAGAAGAAGAUGAUCCAACCACAGGCAGAAAAGGAAAAGGAUGGAUGGUAUGAGCCCGAGGAGGAAAACCAGAGCGUCCAGGAUAAGAUGGAAUAUUAUCCAUUGAGAAAAGGCUCACCUACAAGAAGAUCCAGUUCAGCUGAGAAGAAGAUCCGACCCCAGGCAGAAAAGCGGGACUCACCUACAAGAAGAUCCAGUUCUGCUGGGAAGAAGAUCCAACCACAGGCAGAAAAGGAAAAAGACAGAUGGUCUGAAUCUGAGGAUGAUAGCCAGAGUGUCCCGGAGAAGAUGGAAUAUUAUCCAUUGCAACGAGACUUAUCUGCAAGAAGGCGCAGUUCUGCUAAGAAGAUCCAACCCCAUGCAGAAAAGAUAGAAACCAAAGAAGAAAGAGGCGGGAGUGGAGGGCAGGAGGCUAUCCACCCUCGUUCCUAUUAUAUGAGGGAGGAACGGGACUCACCUACAAGAAGAUCCAGUUUUGCUGAGAAGAAGAUCCAACCACAAGCAGAAAAGGAGUUGAAGAAGGACAGAUUGAAUGAGCCUGAGGAUGAGAACCAGAGUCUCCAGGAUAAAAUGCAAUAUUAUUCAUUGCAACCUGAACCAGCUAUAAGAAAACUCAGUGCUGCUGAGAAUCUCCAACAGCAGGCAGACAAGGAGAAGGAGAAAGUGGGUAAGCUAGAGGAGGAGAACGAGAUCCUCCGGGAUGCACUGAAACAUUGUACGAAGCAACUGGAGUCAGCUACAAACAAGCUCGAGACUGCUCAGAAGGUGCCCGAAGUGAAGGAAAAGGAGGUGGCGUACCAGAAAGAAGCACAAAACAAUCUUCAAGAGGCUGAAAAACAGGAGGAAAAGAGCAACCUCAAAAAUACUCACUGCUUUCCGGAGUCAGCUCAAAAGUCAUCAAUUUGCCAAGAUAAUCUGAAGGAGGCUCUGGAAAAACUCAAUCAGGCCAAGCUGGAGGCAGCCUUGCUUCACCAAGAGUUACAGCACACCCGGCAAAAGAAGUCUCAGCUGGAGGAGGAGACAUGCGCUUAUAAGCACCGAAUGAUAAAGCUCAACAGGGCUCUAAAGAAGCUCCAGGACUUCCACCAGCAGAGUGAGGAAGAGGUCGAAGCCUUCAUUCAGCAGAUAGAAGAUAUGAACUAUCAGUUGGCCUUCUGGCAAAAGACACAUGAGAAUGACCUCCAGUUCUUGGCAGCCAAAGACGAGCAGCUUGUGGUCUUCAAGGUGGAAAUGGCUUCCCUCAAAGAGAACCUACGGGAAGAAGCAAAAAAGGUGGAAGCCCUUCGGAACACCUGGAGACUUCACCAGGAGAGUGAAAUCGUUGCAUCUGAUGUACAUCAAUGGGCGAAGGAACAACAAGAUAACACUGAGAUAUUAGGAUCCAGGAUCCGAGAGCAAGUCCAUUGCAUCACCCAACUGGCUGAUGAAAAGGACCAUCUCCACAACGUGAUGGUCCAUUUGCAGCAUGAAAACAAGAAGCUGAGGAAAGAAAUAGAUGACAGGCGCCAACAUAAUGAGCAUCUGAUGGUUCCUCAUUAUGAUAUUGCAAUUCCUUGCAUUGAGUAUCACCUCACACCACAGUGCGCAGGAGAGAACCGAGUUUUAUAG